AUGAAAGUUAAUCAUAGUGUUGAAACUAAUGUAAAUAAAAACACCGUUUUUUCUGAGUAAGUUGCUGAAGAAUAGGAAGAACAGUAAGAAAAGUCUUCUCUUAAAUAUAUUGUGUUAAUCUUAGCAUGCCUCUUAAUGUUUGGAAACAAUUACUCUUUCGAUAAUCCCCAAGCUCUUUAGAGACAACUGACCCAAGACUUGGAUAUCAGCAUAUCCAAAUAUAAUCUCUUGUAUACUGCUUUUUCAUUUCCAAAUAUAUUCCUAACUCUCAUCGGCGGAUUGAUUAUCGACGUUUUAGGUAAAUACAAUAUCUAAUCCCCAAAGGUAUAAGAGUGGCUAUAAUGGGAUUCAGUGCGAUAGUAGUGAUUGCUUAGACUAUCAUAGCUUUCGGAGGUUUAUUUAAGAGUUUCUGGAUAAUGUUGGCAGGUAGAGUACUUUUUGGGAGUGCUUCUGAGAGUCUAUUAAUAGCACAGACAGCCAUGAUUGGUAAAUGGUUUAGAGGGAAAGAAUUAUCGACAGCCAUUGGAUAUAUUAUGACCAUGCCAGAAAUAGCAUCAGCAGCCAAUUCCUUUGUCACACCCACAAUCUAUGAUCAUUUUAAUGGCCUCACUUAUCCAUUAUUCUUCAGUGUUUUUUUAUGCUUCCUGUCAUUCAUUUGUGGAGUAGUUUUGUGUAUUUUGGAUAAGAAUAACGAUAAGAAGUAAAAAGGUAAACUAAUAAUUUAAACCAAAAGAGUUGUAGUUCGUCUAUAAAGAUAAUGCAAGUGAAAAGAGUGAAUAAGUUGAAAAAGUAUCCUUCAAAGAUAUCAAAAGUCUCAAUGGUACCUUUUGGAUCUUAAUUUUGAUAUGCACACUUGCAAUGGGAGCAUAUGUGCCAUUCCUAGAUGAUGCUAAUGAUUUCCUUCAAGAAAAGUUCGAAUUCAGUUAUGUGUAAUCUGGGAGAAUUCUAACUUUGACCUAUCUAGCUGCUGGUAUUAAUGUAAUAUAUAUAGCUAUUACUAGUCCAUUCUUAGGUCCAUAUGUGGAUAAGGUGGGCAAGAGACGAUUUUUCAUCUUAAUCACUUGUCUCUUUUUUUCAGCCACUCAUUUCCUUUUUGGUUUUAUGAAGUCAGGCUACCAUGAUAAGCCGAAUUGGUUUUCAAUUAUUCCAUUGAUAACAUUGGGAAUGUCAUAUUCUCUAUAUUGUUGUGUUUUAAUACCAUCAGUGCAAUAUGUAGUACAACAAAGAGUCAUAGGAACUGCAUUUGGAAUUUUAGGUAUGUUUACUAGUACAUCCAUGGCCUUAUUCCCCAUUUUGGCUGGGUAUAUAGUUGAGGGAGCCACUUCUAAAGAAGAAGGAUAUUCAACUGUCGGAUUCUUCUAUUGUGGAGUGUCAGUGUUUGGUCUCAUCUUUACAAUUUCGCUUUACUUUUUUGACAAACAAAGUUCGAUUAUUUUAGAUUUUGUAAACCCUGAAAAUCCAACCAAGGAGGAACAAGAAAUAAUGAAAAACAUCAAAUAAGCAAACAAUGAAUAAUUAGGAGUUUUCGAAGAUAUUGAUGACGAUUUAUUGAAGAUUGAAGGGGAGGACAAUGAUGAUGAUGAAAAUGUUAAAAAUGAUGGGUUUUGGGAGAAAAAUCAAAGAUAUCUUGUAUCAAGUAAGGGAUUUUCAACUCCUAAGUUGGCAGCUAAUAAAACAGUGCAUGAAAGAACAGGGUCACUGUAUUAUUGA